UUCUAAAGUUUGUCUUAAAGAUAAGCCCCCUAACAUAGGCCCCUAACAUAGGCCACAUCUUUCUCUCUUGCUCUAGGCUAGCCACCAUAGGGACUAGAGUGCCUAAACAUAUUUAGCUUCUUUAAACAAGCUCUGGUCAUAUUCCUGUUCUAGAUCUCUAUGUGAGAGUACCAGAAGUUCACGUAUAAAUUUUUAAGUUCGAAAAUACAUCUUGUGUACAAAAUUAGAGGUUUUGUGGAAGAAGUUGUUGGAAGAAGUGGCUGGGAAGGAGGAUUGAGGGAAAAUGGAGAGAGAAUGGGGGUUGAAGGGGUUUUAGAGGGAAACAGUUGGGGAUGAGGCUUUAUGGUUGGGAUUUUGGGCGGUUUAGAGGGUAUAGCGGUUUAUCUAGUUAUAAUGCUUACUUAAGACUUUCUAGCUACAGAAUUUAAGUAAUUCAUCAAUAAAAAGACG